AUGGCAUCUAUAGCCAUCAGAUGCCUAAAUGCUCGCCUGCGGGCGAGCAUCAUCACAAAAGGGCCAGGGAUAAACUCCGCCUAUCGCCUAAACUCCAGGGCAAGUUCAGCACAGACGUUUCAAUCAAGACUAUGCUCAACUUCGGGCGCGUUUCCCACCCAAGAGAAGCCGCGCUCAUUCCCAACAACUGGAUUUGAAGUCAUCAAGCCAGAUCAACCAGCUGAAGAGGAACAGUUGGUCGGUUAUAAGGCCCAUCGAUACUACCCAGUCCACAUCGGCAAGGUCUUCCAGGACCGCUAUCAAGUAUGUUCAAAGUUAGGCUGGGGCAGCUGUUCGACUACAUGGCUAGCAAGAGAUCUCAGGUUUGUCGGAUUCAAUCGCUUGUUUAAAUAUCCAAUAACAGAUUCUCGCAGAGACAAGAAAUACGUCGCGUUAAAGGUACACAUCAACGACUCAAUGUUUCACCGCGAACUUCCAUUUUACCAGCAUAUCGCUCCCCACAUGUCAAGUGAUCACCCAGGGAGAGAAAAUAUCCGACGAUUCAUGGAUUCUUUUACUGUCACCGGCCCGGAUGGCAAGCAUAUCGUGCUAGUCCAGGAACCCGCACAUAUUAGCCUCUACGAUCUUCUCACCGAAAGAAUGAGCGAGGCAAGGUUUCCUGAGGAAGCGGUAAAACUUAUUCUUGUGGAAUUACUCCAGGCUCUGGAUUUCUUGCAUACCGAGUGCGAGGCUGUACAUACUGAUGUGCAUUUUGGCAAUUUGCUAGCAUGCGUCGACGAUGCCAGAAACGCCGUAUUCAAAAAUAUCGAGGAAUCUGAGAUCACUACCCCGUCAGCGCGGAAGCAGGUAUCGAGUGACCGAACCAUCUAUGCCUCGAGGGCGCUUCUGCCAGAUGAGGGUCCGCUGAAGCUAUCUGAUUUCGGCGAAGCCAGGAUCGGGCCGGGACCUUAUGAGUAUCACGCUAUGCCCAUGUCGCAGCGGGCGCCUGAGAUCACGCUCGAGGCGCCGUGGAGCUAUCCGAUUGAUAUUUGGUCUGUUGGGCUUACGGCUUGUGAUUUGCUCGGGCUAGAAAGACUUUUCAGCGCUGACCACACAGCCGGUGAUCUAUACCAAGCUACGCAUCUUGCAGAGAUGAUUGCUGUGCUUGGCCCGCCGCCUGCUGGGUUUCUGGCGCUGAACCCUGAGAUAGCGGCUGGGUAUUGGGAUGGAGAUGGAAAAUGGGGGGAUAUUGUGCCCAUUCCUGAGAAGCCUAUGCUUGAAUCGCUUGAAGGUCAAAUGGGACUCCCUCGAGAGUUUGUCGGAUUUUUGCGAAGGACCUUGAGCUGGAUGCCGAGUGAGAGAGCGACAGCUAAGGAUCUUCUGGAAGACCCUUGGUUGAAAUCCUGA